UAUCACCCAGUUAGAGAGCCUCAUGAAAGGAAUAAUGAGAUCAUUCACAGACUGUCACAGACAUGGACCGGUUGUUUUGUUUUUCUCUCCUGCUCACAUACCUGCCAGUAACAGAGAGUAUGGAGGACUGCUUAACACAGCCAAACAACAUGAUCUGGCAGAAAACCGGACAGAGUGUUUUUCUCAAAUGUACGUUACAUUCACAUUGCUUACGCAAGGAAUUUCAGUUUGGUUGGUUUGCUUUCAAGGAAAACUUCCAUCUUCGUCUCAACCUGAGUAAGAAUUUUCAAAAGUAUAGCCUGGACAAUGCCUCUUUAAACAUCAAGUCACUUCACACAAAUGACAGCGGGAUCUACUACUGUGCAGUAUGGAGUAACGCCAAAGCAGCGGGCGCACAGUAUAUAGCAUUGGGUACAACUCUUGUAGUGAGUGAAUACGUGAAUCCAAUGGUGAGGCACGUUCUUCUUUGGUUAUCAUUUGUCCUGUUGGCUAUCUACAGCUUGGCACUAGUGAUACUUAUUCUAAAGAAGUGUGGCUACAAAAUCAGCGACUGCAAAAGGAUGGGGAAAACAGAUAAGCCUUCUGAAGAGAGAAACUCUACUAAAAGAGCACACUUUCGUGACGUGCUGCAGGAGAUGUACAGCAAAAGGAAUUUGGACAGAGGUGUUAAAGCUGAGAACAAAAAACGUUCUAAAGCGAAGGCUCCAAGCACUGAGUUCAACGGCUCAACUGAUGACAUCUAUCAAAACGUCUAAGGGUCAUGGAUGUAAAUGACUUAGACCUCCCACAUCCAGACUGAGAGGAAAUUCUACAGCCAUUAAAUACCUGGCGCAGGAUGCCGGGAAGAGACAGAGGAUAUUAACAAAUCAAAGGUUGUAAGUUAGUCGAGUGCUUGCUCACCUUUUCACAUGAAGUGAGACACAACCACAACAAGGAGUCAAACAUCAUGCCUCGCAUCUUUUUAAGCUUAAAAGGUAUGAGCCGUGCUGUGGGUGAAAACAUUUCUUUCUUCUCAAGUACUAAUUAUAAUGUAUAGUGAAGAAAACUAAAAGGCAACACAAAGACACUUGCUUUGUUUUUGGUGCAGAAAUCCAAUUUCCCUGAGGAUCUAAUUCCAAAGAAAAAAGUCAAUUACUGCACACCUCUGCAUUGAUUCAUCUAAAAUAGUAUUUUUGAAUAAAUGACGCAGAGGUUAGGUGUGUGGGAUUUUUUUCUUUGGAUUUUAAUAAUGAGUGAAAUAAAGAUUGCCCAUGUUUACAGCAAGGAUGAUGGUGUUGACUGCACUGCAGCUACUUAUUUGUAAUGUCUUAUGUAUUUGCAAAAUGUUUGGUUUAAUGUGUUUUUAUCUUGUAUCUGGAACUGUAAGUCUUGGAUUGCUAGAAAAUCACUUCUGCUCAGGAUGUCUCUUUUUCCUUUAUUGACUUCCUGAUUAACAUUACAAUUGUAGUAUGUUUGGUCCACUUCUCCAGAAAGUGUUUUAAAGGUUAUAUUUUCACCUCUUCAAAUACAUUUAUGAUUGACAGUGUGUCUUGUUGGUGUUACCUGUCAGCAAACACAGAUGCUUUACAGCUGUGUUUUAAGUAAUGUUCAGUAAAAACCCAAAUUCUCCCAAAUAUAAUCUCACACAAAAAGAUGUUCCCCAAAUUCCACCUGAUGAAAGAUCAACCGCAGCUAUGAACACUGAAAAUAUUGAAGUCAGUUAUCGAGGUACUUUGUGUCAACUGUGUGACUGCUGCGUAUGGAAAAAAGCCUCCAAGAAAGGACUUGCAGCGCAGCAACACAUAGGGGCACCAGACACACCAAGUAGAACAUGACACUGUGGAGGCUCCCCCAGGCACUGCAAACAGACACAACAAGAUUCUGUGUUUAUAUAAUUUUACAACGCAUCACCAUUUGACUUAUUACACACUGUUAUAACAAUGAAACUGUAAGUGUAACAACCUGAACAUGUUAGGCAGAUUGUUAUAUUCUUCUAAAUGUGUUUGAAUAACGUGAAUCUCAGAUCUUCUUUGAGCAUUUUUUACACAUGCCUGUUUUUGAUCAGUUUAUUGCUUAAAACUUUUCAGCCUUUAUCCAACAUAUAAGACAUGUAACUGUAAUGUAACAGAUUCUAACCAUCAAAAUAAAAGGAUAUCUCCGGAAAA